UGUGUGCUAGUGUUUAUUCCAAUGUGGAAAAACGGAUACAUACUUGGAACAAGAUGGGUGAUGUUAAAGAAACAUGUGUCAUCUGUAAAACCAUCUUCAAAGAUGACGAUUUAAAAGCGAAGCUGGGAACGAAGGGCAGUGAUGGCAUUAAUAGGGCCAGUGCAGAUCGUGCGGACAGUUUGAUAACUUAUCCUGGUGAAUCAGUACACAUAGAUUGUCGCAAAAAAUACUGCAACCCCAUAAACAUUAAGUACGACAAAAAAUCAAAAGAUGAGCUUUCUUCACCCCCGAGAGAACUUAGAUCAUGCAAUGAACUAUUCAGUUUCAAAGAGCAUUGCUUAUUCUGUGGUAAAACAGCAAAACUGUGUGGGAGAAAACGUGGACCUGAUGUGUACCCUGUCAGAACUUUAGACUUUCAACUUCAAAUUAACAGUAUAUGCACCAAACGAGCAGAUGAAUGGGCUAACACAAUCAGGAGUCGCCUAAAAACUGUAAACGAUUUGCCUGCAGCAGACGCUCUGUACCACCAAACAUGCAGCGUGAAUUUCAGGACAAUGAAAGCCAUGCCUGCAACAUAUCUUCAAGAUUCGUCUGCAGAAAAACGAUUUAGGGGGCGACCUGUUUCGUUGAAUACACAGAGUGCAUUUCACUCUGUAAUCAAAUAUUUAGAGGACAAUGACAACGAGCAGAUAACAAUGACAGAUCUUGCGGCAAAGAUGAAGGAAACGUGCGGCGAUGAAGCAUUCGGUACUGUCCAUUUGAAGCAGAAACUAAGGGAACACUUUGGGGAUUCUAUAAUCAUUACUGAUUUGAGUGGGAAAAGAAAUGUGGUGACUCUGAGGCAUACAGCAUCUUCAAUUCUGCAUGACUUUUACAAACAGCAAGAUAACAAUGGCAGUGAGGAAAAGAAAAGGUCUAUAAUAGAAACUGCUGCUAAGUUAAUCAGAAGUGACAUUAAAGCAUUAGACAGCAACAAAUCUGAAUAUCCCUCUCCUACUGACAUAUCUUCUACUGAAAAAAACAUAGAGUAUUUACCAGAAAGCCUUCGAAUAUUGUUACAAGCAAUACUGAGUGAAAAAAAGCCAAAAACUGCAUCAAUAGGACAGGCUAUUAUACAAGCUACACGGCCACGUGUCAUCAUACCACCUCUUCAGCUAGGUUUAGGGAUCCAGUUGCAUCACCAAUUUGGUUCCAAGUUUUUGAUAGACAUAUUGAACAGUUUAGGGUUUUGUGUGUCAUAUACUGAGGUCCAGAAGUUUGAAUCAAGUGCAGCUGUAUCUAAAGGGACAGAUAUUCCUGCAUUCGUCCCUGGUAGUUUUGUUCAGUACGUGGCCGACAAUGUUGACCACAACAUUAGAACAAUAGAUGGCCACGGAACCUUUCAUGGGAUGGGCAUCAUAGCAUGUGUGACCCCUGCUACGUCUUCCAUUGUUCCGAUCCAAAGAAGAACAGUUGGGAAGGAGGACAUAUGCAAAGCUGGAGAAAUUAGAAUGUCAUACUACAAGCCAAACGAAGUCAAUGACAUAUGCAGAAAUACAACAAACAAAGUCCAUAGAUAACACUUUGAAGCUAGAUCUGCUUGUUAAAGUGACAGCGCCAAUUAGACCACACAGACCUGUGUGGUCUGGACUGAUGCAAAUGUUACAGAAAGGAGAGUAUCCAGGAAAAGCCUCAGUUAUUUUCAUGCCAAUGAUCGAUUUGGAUCCAGGAGACUUAUCAUGCAUCUACACAACCCUACUGUUUGUGGAAAAUCAUGCAACUAGGUACGCAGUCACGCCCAUACUCACCUUUGAUCAGCCCUUAUACUGGAAGGCAUUUAAUGUUAUACUCAAUGAAGCUGCAGAUAGCCCUCUUCACAAAGUUGUAUUGAGAUUAGGCGGUUUCCAUACAAUCAUGAGCUUUUUAGGAAGCAUUGGCCAUUUGAUGCAAGGUUCAGGGCUAAAUGAAGUGUUGGAAACAGUGUAUGCAUCAAACGCUGUGAUGCAUAUCGCUACAGGAAAGGCAGUUGCAAGAGGUAUCAGAGGACACCUUCUGGUUGAAAAUGCACUUAUGUCAAUAUUAGUCUCAGAAGUGUUUGGUCUGAACAUUUCAGAGUGUAGCACCAAUGAAAAUAACUCAACUCAUGGUGAGGACAAUGAGGAUGAACACCUACAGCUAAAAGAUGACAACACUCCAUUGCCAGAUAGUAUGAUCGGUGACAUUGGAAAAUUGUAUGAUGACUUUACAGACGGAAAAUCAAAUAUGUCAGAUAUUACGCAAUCCGAGUUACUGGAUAACGCUUGUACAAAACUUGACGAAACCAAAGAUGAAAUGAGAAAAUUCAGAACAGCAGCUCUUUGGUUGCAAUACAUGGAAAUGGUUCACAUCCUACAAUCAUUUGUAAAAGCGGAGCGAACUGGUGAUUGGCUUCUUCACCUUGACACAGUUUCUCGAAUGCUUCCUUACUUUGCAGCAGCAGGACACAACCUGUAUCUCAAAUCUGCAUAUGUGUACCUACAGACUAUGCAAACUCUCGAAAAGACUAACACAGAUGUGUAUGAACAUUUCAAAACUGGUCAUCAUGUAGUGCGUAGAAGUGAUAGGUUCUGGGCGGGACUUUCAACAGACCUUGUAAUCGAACAAGUGUUGAUGAGAAGUGUGAAGACUAAUGGAGGCCUAACAAGAGGAAAGGGCAUGACUGAAUGUCAACGAGCACUAUGGUUACUUUCUCUACCUGCCUGUGCAGAGUUCAACAAAAGUAUGCAAGAGUUCAGUGGAGUUACAUAUCAUACAAGUGAGCAGCACAAGGAAUGUGGUCAGGCAAGGAUUGCGAAGGACACAAAAGACAGUCAAACCAUCCUGCAGGGUUUCCGCCAGCCCUUUAUGGCUUGUCGGGCCCGACGUGCCUUCCGCUGGCAAGGCCAAUUACCGACAUGCGUUAAUUAUGCCGACAUGCUUUAAUCCGCGUAGCGACAAUCCUUAUCAAAACAAUCAUCAGUUUUGACAAUACACGAUUUUGUUGCGAUUGCAACGGUUGACUGACAGCCAGAAGGCGUGUCGGGAUUAUUACGACAUUUGUAUCAGCCAUUCAGGAUCGACGACAGCAUGAAGGCGUGUCGGUGAGGUUCCUCCAAACUCCUCCUAUUCUUUAUCAGAAUGGGAAUGUGUGGAAAAACACCACUGUCGUAAUUGCGACCUUCAUCCCUAUAAUCAUCUAUGAACGCAUAGUAAACAAUAAGUGUUAAUUGAUUUCGGUAACAUAAAUCAUGUGUCGUUUUAUUUUGUUUCUUAAUCCCGAGUCCGUUUGUUAACCAAUUAUUAAAUUAUAAUUGAGAACCGUGUUAAGAUAUCUGUGUUAUUAACAAGGGUUAUGCUAUGUCGUUGUAAUUAAUUUGAGUCGCGUUCCCGUCUUUAGUUUAAAAGUGUAAAGUUAUAUUUUGUGUUGCUUAUUAUUAACCUUUGAUUAUUUUAUCGUUCUUUUAAUUUAUUUAGAAAAAGAUAAAUAAAUCUGAAAAUACACAUUACAUUCCCUUUAAGUUAUUAUUUAGCCAACCCGGCUUUAAAAAUAUUAGCUGUUGCAGCUUUAAAUACGAAUACACGAGCAGUCGCUUUGCUCCGGGCUCUUUUGUGUUCCGGCAUGCAGCGUGCUUUACACGUUUUGCUGUGACGUCAACGGUGUCAAUAUAAAUAAUACCCGCACUUAACGAAACAUGAGUAGAUCAAUAUCGUCGAUAUUGUAUUGUCGGAAAACUUGAGAAAUACCAAUAAUCAAGGAAGAGAAACCAUUAAACCUUUUCACAAAUAAUUUUAAUGUUAAUCGGACUUUAGUUGGUAAUUCUAAAUCAUGGGAACAUAACUGUAAACUUGUUUAAAAUGCAGGAAAUUGCACCAUUUUGGAUACGAAAAUAUAAAAAAAAUCGACGUCAGGAGGGGACACCCCUCCCAAACCCUCCCCUUCCGACA